AUGCAGGCUGCUUCUACAAACAUUUGUGAAAGACUGUGCAAUAAGUCCAUCCGUGACAUUUCCUGGCUACUAAAUAUUCCACGGUCAACUGUUAGUGGGAUUAUAACAAAGUGGAAGCAACUGGGAACAACAGCAACUAAGCCACCAAGUGGUAGGCCACGUAAAAUGACAGAGCGGGGUCAGUGCAUGCUGAAGCGCACAGUGCGCAGAAGUCACCAACUGUCUGCAGAGUCAAUAGCUAAAGACCUCCAAACUUCAUGUGGCCUUCAGAUUAGCACAACAGUGCGUAGAGAGCUUCAUGGAAUGGGUUUCCAUGGCCGAGAAGCUGCAUCCAAGCCUUACAUUACCAAGUGCAAUGCAAAGUGUGGGAUGCUGUGGCGUAAAGCAUGCCGCCACUGGACUCUA